AUGCCUCCAGAUCCAACCUCUGCACGCCGCAUAAUCACCGUCUUCGGCACAGGCAAGCAGGCUGGGGCCGUGGCACGGUCGCUCCUCGCCGACCGGAUUUCAAACUUCCACGUCCGUGCCGUCAGUCGCCAUCCAGAUUCCGCCGCUGCCAGAUCGCUGGCUGCACUCGGCGCCGAGAUCGUCCAUGCUGACGGGUGGGAUCGAGAUGCGUUGACCAGGGCGUUUGCUGGGAGCUGGGCUGCGUUUGUGAAUACCAACUCGGAUGAUCCGUCGUUUCUCCAACCCGACGGACCAACGGAGUUGGAUCUUGGUCGGACGAUCAUCGACUGCCUGGGCGCUGCUGGUGUGCAGCAUCUCGUGUAUAGCUGCUUUGCCUCUUCGCUGGAGCAGACCCAGGGGAAGCUUUUCAUCAAGCCCAUGGAAAUGAAAUACCGCGCCCUGAGAUACGCCCACGCAACGAACCACUUCACCACCAUCUGCGGCAUCUACGCAGCCUGGUACUUCGAGCAGUUCCUCGACCGCUCCACCGCGGACGUAUUCGGGGGUUUUCCCUUGGUCCAGGACUCAGAUGGAUACUUUACGUUCCGGCCCCCGGUCUGGGGAGACGUCGAGUUGCCUUCCUUUGUGAGUGUCACGCAUGACUUUGGGGACAUCGUGCAUGGCGUGUUACUCCAGCCGGAGGAAUGGAAUGGGAAGUCCAUCCCUGCUACAAGCGACGUUUUGAGUUUUGAGGAUGUUACUGCAGCUUUUGAGGACGCUACCGGGCAGAAAGCCAGAUACAUCCCGCUUGGGUCCUGGGAGGAUUUUGGGCAGGGGAUCCCUGAGUUGGACGACCAUCGACUGCUUUUUGCAUUUACGCAGGCAACCGGGGGGCGAUAUUUCGGUGACGUGCCCACCGAGACGGACACGGCCUUGAAGCUCAAAAGAUUGGCAGUUGAGGCACAGGGAAAGGAAGGUGGUCAGGCUAGGCUGUUGCGUUUGGAGGAGUGGUUCCGGGCAUGCUUGCCAGCUAGGGAGAGUAGGGCUGGCAUAAGAUAG